UCAGUUAAUUUGUGCUCUAUAUUGAUGGAUAUUUUUCUUUUUUUUUUCGUACUUAUUUGUGGCGAGUGAAGUCGUUGGAGUUCAAAUAAAUUGAUUUUUUUUUUAAAAUGGGGCUUGAUUUCAGUGAAAGUGAUUGUUUUUAGUUGGUAUUUACUUACUUUUUACGGAUAAUUGGUGUGUAUCGAUUAUCCUUUACGAUUGCAUGUUGAAAUUUCUUCACUAAUUUUGUCGGAAUAUGGCAAGAUAUGUGAUUUUUGUUAAAACUUUUCUCUAAUGUAAGGGUGUUGUAGAAGCAUGUUCAUGUUGGGGAUUUUUUUACUGCGUAUUUGAUAAUUAGACUCGAAAAGUUAAAUUUUUUUUAAAAUAAAAUGGGGCUUGAUUUUACUUAUAAUUUGUGUUUUUAAGUUGGUAUUCGCUUUGUUUGUGCAUUGUUUGUGUUGAAUUUUAACUUUUCUCAACAAUUGCAUUGAGAUUUUUUUGCCACUUUUUAUCGAUUUGCGUGAUAAAAAUGUAUUGUAAGUUGAAUUUUUUUUGCAACUGCUGCAUUGAGUUGGUGUUGCAACUGAUGUCAUGUUAAUAGACUGCUAGGUCGAUUAGGUAUUUAUCUGCUGUCAAUUGAAUUUUUUUUUUUGAAAAAAUAGGGAUUGGUUUUACUUAUAAUUUGUGUUUUUAAGUUAGUAUUUGAUUUGUUUGUACAUUGUUCUCAUUGGGAUUUUAACUUUCCUCGACGAUUGCAUUGAGUUUUUUUUACGAUUUUUUCUCGAUUUGCAUGCUUAAAAUCUGGGUUCCUUCCUGUUUUUGUUCAGUAGAAUGGUGAUUUAGAUGCAUGUUCUUAUGGGUGAUGGGGUUGUUUUUUAAGAAACUUGUUCUGUAAAUUAAAAUUUUUGGUGUUGCAACUGCUAUCAUGUUAAUAGACUGCUAGGUCGAUUAGGUAUUGUAGUAGCUGCUAUAGCUGAAAAAUGAUAGUUUUUGUCCGUAGAUCAUAACACAUGGCUAGAGGUAACAAACACAAAGCUGCAGAAGGUGAUAGGUCUGAGAUAAGAAAAAAAUGAGCAGUCGAUCAAUUAGAGAAUAGAAAUUGUUGCGAGAAAGCAGUUGAAGCUUCGGUUCGAGAUGAGCCAGAGGAAAUAGAUCCUCUCGAGGCUAGGAUAGACGAGAAAGCACUGAUCUUGCCCCACUGUGCAAGGUUUGUUUCGGCUGAGAGGUACGACCUCGCCACAGUCCUGGAUGAUGUCGGAUUAUUUUCGACUAAGAUAUCCGUUAGGUCCCAUUUGAAGAUAUUUAAUGAAUUCAAACAAGUCGUGGUUGAUCAACGUCUGAAAUCUAGAUUUAAGAAUUCCUGUUUUAAUAGUUUAUGGGACCUUCCAAAACAUAUGAAGUUCAACGGACAGCUUGUCCACUAUACACUUCUGCGCCGAGUCGAAUCGGACAACAAGCUGCAUGAAAUGUGGUUCAACAUCAAUGGCAGGCCUGCAUGUUUUGGCCUGAAGUAGUUUACGCUAAUCACUGGUUUAAAUUGUGGGUGUUAUCCCUGUGAUUCAAGAUAUGUCAAAGCGAUGGAGGAGGGUGAAGCUUUUUUAAAAAAAAUUGUGAAAAAAAGGAGUAUAAAUGCAAAGAAAUUGUUGAAGCUUAUUAGAGAUGGGAGGCUAGACAAGGAGGACAAGUUCAAAUACUGCUUGGUUUGGUUCGUGCACUGAUAUUGCUUGCACGGGACUUGUCAAAAGCUGUGGACAUAGAUACCAUUAAGAUAAUGGAUAACUUGGGCUUCUUUGAGCAAUACCCUUGGGGUAAGGAGUCAUUUUCCUUGACUCUAGACUAUCGAAAGAAGCGAAUAGACUUCAGCAGGCAGAAGAAGACAUUUGAGACAAAGAGAGUUUCAUCGUACGCGCUCUACGAAUUUCCCUGGGCAUUUAUGAUUUGAAUAUAUGAAGCCUUUCCCGCGCUCGGUAGGGGAAAAGGUAAAUCAACUGAAGACCCGCUGCCCAUUCUCCGAUUGCUCAGAUGGCACACCUCAAAAGGUGAUAAACUAAUCGAAGGUGAUCCAUAUUUGAACGGAUGGAGCACAAAGAGAGUGCAUCCGUACCUUAUCCCCACAGUCCGUGAAAUGAAGCAGCACUACAUGAAAAAGUUCAAAGCAUUUACAGACGAACCGAAUGACGCAUUCAUCGAUGGCUUGAAGGCCUGUCUGGAGGGUGCGACUGUCAUCACCUCAUCGGAGGAUGGUGAGGAUAAGGAUGAUGACUGGGAUUUGGGUGAAAAUGUUGUUUUAAAGCAUGUCACUCGGGGUUCGAGGACAAGUAAGCUGAGAGCAUCGGGAAAGACACCGAUGAUUAAAAAUAUGGAAGAGCGCGUGUUUAGGCUGGAGGAGUCGAUCAAGGACAUCGCUGAUUUCGUAAAAGAAGAGAGACUGAGGAGAGCAGAAAAGAAGAGGCAAAAGAAGAGAGAUGAAACUGAAGGUGUGCAGGUGCAAAGUCGGUAUUCAGUAGUGAGGGCUGGCCGCGAUGACAGCGGCAUCAAAGAAGCCCUCCUUGAGGUAGUAGCUUUGGAACAUGCCUCCAUCAAUGUUGAUGAGGUGAUAUCCCUGAGGUUGCAGCUGUUAUAGAGAAGGAAAAUCUGGAUGAAGGCGAUGAAGAGAAAGAAGAAGAAAAAAAUGAAGAAGUUGUUUGUGAAGAAGAAAACAAAGCUGAUGGAUCAGCUGGUGUGGAGAAGGAGGAUCAUGACGAAGGUGUACAGGAUGAAGAUGACAAAAAUGAAAAAAAUGGUUGUGAAGAAGAAAACAAUGAAGGAGAUAGAGAGAAAACAGAAGAGAAGAAUGUACAAGAAGUAGAGAAAGAACAGCAUAAAGAAGAAGAAAAAAGUGAUGCACCAGAAAAAGAAGGCAUCGCGGAGAAGGAUAACAAGAAUGAAUUUCCAAAAUUGGAUGAAUUUCUUAAUGAAGUUAGUCAAGAAAUCGACAAAAUGAUGGUGGAAAUCGAAAAUGUUGAAUCUUUAGACAAUUAUUAAAUUUUUAUUUGUGGCUGAUGAUUAUUUUUAUUUGACUAGAUAAUUUUAACUUCUAACUUUCAGCUC